CUCUCCCUCACCAUCAGCAACUCUCUCUCUCACUCUCUGACUCUCCCUCACAAUCAGCAACUCUCUCUCUCUUCGAUAUCUCGAACGAACAGUGAAGGACUGGGAAAUGGAUGAGCGCACUAAUAAUUCCGGACUCGAAGAGGCCCUGGAGAUACAAUCUCUCAGGCGAAUCAUUAGCGCAUACCUAAACUAUGCCGCUGCAGCAGAGGAGGAUGUUCACAGAUAUGAAAGAUCCUUUCACAAGCUUCCUCCUUCACAUAAGGCUCUUCUUCCUCACUAUCUUUAUAAAUGUCGAAGGCUACGAUGGUGCAUCUCUGAGAAUGGCUAUGUCAUUUUGAAUAUGCUUCAGGCUUUUGAACCUCCUAUUGACAUGACACGGAAUCUUGAAACUGGUGAAAAUGAACCUCCUGUAAGUAUUUGCACAACCUUGAAUGAAGGCAGCUGUUCUACUGAUGGGGAAAGCACAAGGUUGAAUCAGACAUCACUGAAGAAGGCUAAUAUUGAGGCGUCAUCCAUGGGAAAUUUUCGUGAUUCAGAUACGCGAAUCCAUACUGCAACCUGCAGUUGUAGCAGUGCAUGUGGUGCCUGUGACGAUAAAACUAAGGUUUUUGGCUGUCAGACAUAUGCUUACUCUGUUUCAGAAGCUAAUGGAAAGGGUGAUUGUCCGACAUUUGAUUGGUGGGACCCUUCCUUUCAGCUUAAUGUCCCUCUAGUUGAUGUUGAUAAGGUACGCUGCAUAAUAAGAAACAUAGUCAGAGAUUGGGCACCAGAGGGACAAAGAGAACGCGAUCAGUGCUAUCGACCUAUUCUUGAAGAGCUCGAUCGUUUAUUUCCCACUCGUAGGAAAGACAGGCCUCCUAGUUGCUUGGUACCUGGUGCUGGACUUGGUAGGCUCGCAUUGGAAAUCUCCUGUCUGGGUUUCAUAAGCCAAGGGAAUGAAUUUUCAUACUACAUGAUGAUCUGCUCCAGCUUUAUACUAAACCAUACUCAGAGACAGAGAGAAUGGACAAUUUAUCCAUGGAUCCAUAGCAACUGUAACUCACUGUCUGACAGAGAUCAACUUCGACCUGUUGAGUUCCCAGAUAUACAUCCUGCAAGUGCAGGAAUAACUGAUGGCUUUUCAAUGUGUGGUGGGGAUUUUGUGGAAGUCUAUGGUGAUCAAAGUCAAGAAGGUUCAUGGGACACGGUAGUCACCUGUUUUUUUAUUGAUACAGCACACAAUGUUGUUGAAUACAUUGAAAUCAUAUCUAGAAUCCUCAGAGAUGGAGGAGUGUGGAUAAAUCUGGGUCCCCUACUGUAUCACUUCGCAGAUUCUUAUGGCUCAGAAGAUGAAAUGUCUGUCGAACUCAGUUUAGAAGAUGUGAAAAGAAUUGCCUUCCAAUAUGGGUUUGAAUUGGAGAUAGAAAGGACCAUCGAGACAACUUACACUGCAAACCCUCGGUCCAUGAUGCAAAAUCAUUACUUUGCGGCUUUCUGGACUAUGAGGAAAAAGAUACAGUCUCGGUCACAGUUACACCAAUAGCCUCACGUGUGUCGCAUGGCCCAAGCCAUGGGUUCAAGCAAGAGCUUCCUCCUAGCAAUGCUGGUGGUUCUAUCGUUGCUCAGUGGCUUUGGGGCACGCCGCUUAUUAGACACUCCGCCCUCUGCUGCCCUAACCUUACCCCUUGUGCUGCCUGUACCCUCGACAAUAUCGGCAAUCCCGACAACAAUCCCUUCAAUUCCCACGACAAUUCCGAGUAUUCCAACCAACAUCCCUCCUCUGCCCUCUUUCCCUUCUUUACCCACGACAAUUCCGAAUUUCCCGACGAGCCUUACGCCGUUGCCGUCCCUACCUUUGUUGCCCGUGACAAUCCCGACAACCAUCCCUUCC